AGGUGACCAGACUAAUUUAGAUGUGAAAAGUUUUUUCCUGUGGAUGGCGACCGAGAAGCGUGAGUUCGCCAAAAAGUUGAGCAGCCGAAAGGCGGCUGACGUUAGGAGACAGGUAUCGACUGCAUACCUUCAAGAUUCCAACAGGAUUAAACAAGAAAAUGAAAGACCCAAGAACAAUAGCAAUGUGCAAUAUCCAGUUGUCAUGCCAUGGAACUAUGAAAACUUUUUAGAUGAAAAUCAGGACAACAUUGAUGAAUCGUUUGCCUCUGUUCUAAAAAUUCCUGAUGAUGAUUGGGAAAUUGUCUUAGAGUCUAGUUCCUCUAGGACGAUUGAAGAUCCUUGUUAUAAUGAAACUAUAAACGACAGGGUAGAUGAACUUCUCAAAUUUUAUUCUGGAGAAUUUAAGAUAUUUCGACGGAAUUAUGAAUAUUUUUCAAGACAAUUUGCUGAUCCAGAAAGCAUUUCCAAAACAAUCAAAGAAUUCGAAGUUGCUGAACAGGAAGAAUUCGAAGAAGAAAUCAGUAUUAGUGCAAGAAGUUCACUAAUAAGCUUGGAUGACUCAAGCUUAGAUUUAAUGGAAUCGGACGGUCUUCUCGAUGAAGUCUUUCAGCAAAAUUCUCUUGAUGAUAUAGAUGAACGAAACAGACAAGAAAGAAUGAGAAACAGGAAAUGGUGUGUUUUCACUUUAUAUGAUUCCAUUUCCGAUGACCAUCCAUCUGAAAUUAAGACAAUUCCUCCGAAAUUUAAGAAUCUUCAAGAUAUCAAUCGUAUUUUAUUGAGAGUUUCUUCCAUGGAAAUGGACAAUGAUGUUGAGCCAAUAUUUGGCUCGGUAGCUUUAUAUGAUGCACGCAAACGAAAAAAAAUCACUGAAAACUUUUAUUUUGAUCUAAAUGAUUCAGACGUCUUUCCAUUUUUGAGAUAUAAUCAGAGGAUUGAUUUGUCUACAAUGGUGACGUCUUGUAUUUUUAACUUAAUAACAGGCAUUGAAGAUAUAUUUAUUGUUCUUAAAGUUGAAAAAAUCUUCUAUUCUACUGAGACUGCAGAAACCUUACACAGCUACAGAAAGGAAAAAAAUAAGGCAAAGAUUACUGAUCUGAUACGAAAUAUUUAUGAGCGUUUGGGUAAAUAUAGACAGCUUGUUGGUUGGACGGCUGUAUCGAUGAGCACUGUGAUAAAUUCUUGUCAAAAAAAAACUAUUCAAACUAGUUUUGAUUCUAACAUUCCGCUAGAAAACAGACGAGCAAGCUCAACACAGUAUGACAGUUUGAGCAGGAAAAAACCUUCAAUGUCCACUCGUCAUGCGUCAUUGGAGAGAUUCGAGUCACGGCGACUUGAAUCUUCUUCAUCAUUACACAGUUACGAAAGUUCUUCCACAGAAAAAACGAGUGAUUUAUUAUCUUCAUUUACUCCUUCAACUGUUAAAUUAUCUAGUUUCUAUAAAGUUGAGGCAGAUAAAUUUCAUGAGGAUGAGCUGUAUAAAUACUUAAACGAGCUAUUAACAACAAAAACUAUUACUUCAAAGAAGUUGAAGCCAAUCAAAGCUAGCGUUCAAUUUGAUAUUCAACCUUGUCCAAAAGUAAAACCGUUUUCACUGACACCCGACCUUUUACACGUGAAACCUUUCCCAAAUGAACCAAUUGAACCGUAUAAAGUAAGCAGGGAACUGGCAGACUUUUCCCGUGAAGAUGUUAUGCAACCAUUUACAAGCUAUAGCAACUUGCUUUUCGUGAAUCCAAAGAGUUUAAACUUUUCUAAUCGAGGAAGGAACUAUCAGAACUUAACAAUCAAGGUGCAAUUGUUCUCAGGAAGUUGCGAUGAACCUCUACCAAAUAUUUUUGGAAAGAGCAACACAUCGAAAUUCCAAAGAGAAGCAUAUACCGCAGUUACCUACCACAACCGAACACCGGAAUAUAAUGACGAAAUCAAAAUAAAAUUGCCUGCAGAUUUAACACACUUACAUUUUCUAUUGUUUACGGCUUUUCACGUCAGUUGUAGGCGAAAAGAGGAUGGACAACAAAUGGAGACACCAGUUGGGUACACGUGGCUUCCCCUGUUGAGAGAUGGUCAAUUGAAAAGUGGUGACUUUUUUCUACCAAUGACAACAGAAAAACCAUCCGCUAAUCUAUGCAUUUGCUUCCCAAAUGAAAGUAGCCUAACAAAUAUACCGAACGUCAAAUGGAUUGAUAAUCGAAAAGAAAUCUUUAUUGUUUCUAUCAAUGCAUUAACAUCAGUCUAUGCUAAAGAUAAUUAUAUUGAUCGCUUUUUUGAUAUAUAUUCAAAAGCAGAGAAUGGGCUUUUACCACGUUUAUAUAAUGGAGAUAUUUCAACGUUUGAACGCCACUUAAAAGAAACUCUUUAUAGUGUGACUAAUGCAAAUUUGAAGAAAUUAAUUCAUUUUCUUCCUAUUGUACUGAAUAAGCUAAUAUCUCUUUUCCUACAUCCGCCAGUGAUCAAUGGUCAAUUAUUGAGCAUAAGUUUAUGCUGUUUGGAAACUAUUGCAAGAAUUGUUUUAAAAGUUGAGAAAGACUUGAGUAGUAAAGAAGAUAAUCUUUUGAAAAGUUAUGUCUACUAUAAAGCAUCCAUCUCGGGGAAAUCAAACUCUAAAGAAGAGAAAACAUCAAAUUCCCCACAAGGCUACUAUCAAACCAAAAUUAAAAGUAUGGCAGAAGAUAUAUUUCAUCAUUCGAAAAUGUCUGGAAAAAGUCUUUUGCGCUUUUCAUCGACUUACAUUGAUGAUUUAAAAUCACUAGUUGAGGAAAUAAUAGCAGAAAUUUUUGUUCAAGAUCAUCAGUGUGAAAAGAUUACUGAUGAAUCUUCAAAAGACACCAGUUGUUUUAUUGAUUUGAGGAAUGAAUUCUUGAAAAUUAUAUGCCUUCAUGAGCACUAUUUUGCUUUAAAUUUACCUUUUGGAUCCUGGUAUAUGUCAUCGCCUCCUUCUAGUCCCUGCGGAAGCAUCUGUAGCUCUUCUUCCAUAUCUACUCGAUCUUCAACUAGCACUUUAAUCGAAAAAGGAAAUUUUUUUGAGAUGCCUGAGGAGUUUCGCCAGCAACAUUUUCUUGUUGGUCUUGUUCUAUCUCAUUUUUCUCUUAUUCUUCAAGAAUAUCCGUCAAAAAUUAAAUUGGGAAUUGAGCUUUUAAAAAUACUUUUAGCUAGUCAUGACAGUAAUGUCCGUUUAAAUCAAACCAAUAUUCGCUCCCGUGUUGCAACGCUUUAUAUGCCAAUUCUUACAAUGAUACUUAAUCAUUCAAGCCGUCUCUAUCGGCGGAAGGAUGAAGAACUUUCUGAAGAAGUAUUAGAAAAAUUUAUAUCUCAGUCAUCAUUAUACGGCAAACAGUCAAGUUCGCAUACCUCACCGUCUAAUACUAUGAAUAAAUUCAACAAAGCCGAAACCAGAGAUCUAUUAUUAUGCUUAAUUUUCAUCCUAAAAGCAGUUGAUAAACACAUUAUUCAAGCAUGGAUUUGCGAGUAUAUUUCCACCUCUAAAGUAGGAGAGUUCAUAGAAGUAUUGAAAAUAUGCCUAAGCAUUUUCGAAUAUGAAGGCCAGUUCUCACCUGAUGAAAGCAAAAGUUCAAAAACUGUCCUAAAUCAACUUGAGGAUGCAAUUAUCGGUAGUGGAAAUGCAAGAGAUAUGAUGUUGCGAAGGAAACAUUCGAAUAUAAGUAUUCAUUCUGACUCAUUAUCUUACUUUAAAGAUGAUGUUAGGUGGCGAAAAGAUAAGAACUUUUGGAAUGCAGGAGCCUUUAAAAGAAGAUCAAAUCAUUUAGAGGGUCAUUUGGCAACAGAAAUAACGCUAGUCAUUCUUGACGUCUUGGAUAUAUUUAUAGAAUGCUGUGAGAGCCAGCAAAAUAUACCGGUUUCUGCUCUUAAAUGUAUCCUCCACUGCCUGUCAAUAAACCAGAGUACAACUUCUCUAAAAUGUGUCUUUGAACUACAGCGUUCAUUAGUUUGUAAAUAUCCUGAACUGAUUUUUGAAGACGGUGAACAUUGCGGAGAACUUUGCUUACGAUUAUUACAACAUUGCUGCUCCUCUCGAAACGUUGUCAGAACCCAAGCUUCCGCCUCCAUAUAUGUACUUAUGAGACAGAAUUUUGACAUAUGUAAUAAUUUUUCAAGAGUAAAAGUACAGAUUACCAUGUCAUUAAGUUCUCUUGUUGGCGGUCAAACAGGAAAAUUCAACGAGGGUGCUCUUAGAAAAAGUUUAAAGACAAUCUUAAAGUACGCUGACCGUGAUGAAGAUAUGCAAUUUACCUCUUUUAUCGAUCAGAUCAAGGACCUCGUCUUCGUCCUUCAUAGUAUUAUUACUAAUACUGUUAAACUAAAAGAAGUCAAAAAUGAUCCUGAAAUGCUUGAUGAUCUGAUGCAUAGAAUAGCUUUCAGUUAUCAAACGUCUCCUCAUCUAAGAUUAACUUGGUUAUUGAGUCUGGCGGUGAAGCAUGCUGAGCGUGAAGAAUUUGCUGAAGAGGGAGAAUGUUACCUUCAUGCCUCCGGUUUAGUAAUUGAGUACUUAGUCAAUGUAUCCCACUUGGAGAAGGAUUAUUUACCAAUAGGAUGUGUUGCAUUUCAAAAAUUGAGUUCUAAUAUUAGCGAAGAAAGCUUCAUUUCUGAUGACGUUUUGACUCUUGAUGAUUCAGCUACAGGAAAAGACUUUUCAGAGACGGGAUUAAUAAAUCUGCUUAAAAACUGCGCUGAUGCUUUUCGCAAGGCAUCUUUACACGAGGCAGAAUCCGAGAUCUGUGAAAUCAUGUUACCAUUGUUAAAGUCUCAGGAAAAUUACAAUCUAUUGUGCGAACUUCAUUCACGAUUGAACCAAAUCUAUUCCAAAAUUUUAACCGAUACCUCUUUAACAAAGCGACCUUUUGGAACCUACUUUAGAGUUGGGUUUUAUGGCUCCAAUUUCGGUGAGAUAGAUGGUGAUGAAUAUAUUUACAAGGAGCGAUCGUUCACAGGAUUGGCAGAAAUUUCUCAACGAUUAGAGAAUCUCUUUGGGGCUCAAUUUGGUCGAGGAACAGUUGAAAUAUUGAAAGAUUCAAAUCAAAUUUGCCGAGAAAAUUUGGACCCUAAUAAAAUGUAUUUGCAAAUUACCUACGUUGAACCUUUUUUUGAAGAUUUUGAGUUGUUGCAAAGAAAGUCAUCGUUUCAAAGAAAUUUUAAUAUUCGGAGAUUUGUAUUCUCUACACCAUUUACACCAACCGGAAAAGCACACGGCGAGAUAGCUGACCAAUGGAAAAGAAAAACUAUUCUGACAUGUGAAAAUUCAUUCCCGUAUACCAAAAAAAGAAUAAAAGUCGUCUUAAAGCAAGAAAUGAACUUAACACCCAUUGAGGUAGCAAUCGAAGACGUACAAAAUAAAGUUAAUCAAUUGACAGAGGCUUGUGCAGCAUCGAAAAUAGAUGUGAAAUAUUUACAAAUGGUUUUGCAAGGAUGCAUCGGAGCAACAGUCAAUAAAGGACCCAUGCAAAUUGCAAAAACUUUCCUUGAACCGCUUGCACAAGGUUUAAUUGUACCAACAAAACAGCAUAAUAAGCUGAGGGUAGCUUUCAAGAAUUUUGUUCGAAAGUCUCAAGAAGCUUUGAAGCAAAAUGAAAAGUUGAUAAUGGCUGAUCAAGAGGACUAUCAGACUGAACUGAAGAAAAAUUUUGAGGAUAUCAGUCACAAGUUGACAUUCCUGAUUUCACCCCACCAAAAUACAAUUAAGAGGAAGAGGGCACAUAGACUAAGAGAUAUGCAUAAGCGAAACAUUCUAAAAGAAAAUAUAAACUCCGUUUCCCAUGUUUAA